UCGAGAGUGGCUACGGUGUUGAUGGCGGGGGUAGUGAAAAUAAAUCCAAAAGUAUCGCAAGCCACGCUGUCAUCGCCGGACAGUUUGAGGAGCUGAUUCGGAAAUGGGGCCCGGAAACGCCUCAGCUUCUCGAUGCUGUGCAGGCCCAGUUACACCCAAUUAUUGUCUGUCGGGUACUGAAGAAAUUGUCGAAUCUUAAAGCUGGGAGGAAUUUUUUUUUAACUGGGCAACAUCCAAGAUAGGUUACCAGCACAACAUGUACACCUACACAGCGCUCAUUGACCUCUAUGGCAGGGCGAAGAAUUAUGAAGCCGUUGAGGAAGUUCUGGCUGAGAUGUGCGAAGUUGGUUGUGAUGUGAGUAUUGUGACUUUCUCGUUGGUCAUGCGCUGGUACCGAGAAGCAAAGAAUUUGGCAGGUAUUCGUCGAGUUCUGGAGCACAUGCAGCGAGAGGGUUGUCUACCCAAUGAGUACAUAUACACGACCUUCAUCGAUGCACUUGAUAAGGAUACCUGUCACGAGGAAGCUUUGGCUGUGUUCAAGGAGAUGCGAGAUUCUAACUGGGAGCCAAACAUAUUUACUUACAACGUUCUCAUACAUUCUCUUGCGACAGCUGGCAAGCUGGAUGGUGCCCGUGAGAUGUUCGGCAGGUUACCUGAGCCUCAUCAUCGGCCAAAUUUUGUCACUUACACGAUUUUGGUAACUGCUCAUGUGAAAGCAGGAGAACUUGAGAAAGCUGUACAUUUCCUCAAAACUAUGAUGGAGGCUGGGUUCAUGCCUUCCCACGGAUUGCGAUCGAUUCUGUUUACAGCAUUGAUGGCUAAAGGUCGAGCGGAUGAAGUGGCAGAGCUUACACUUAUGUGCACGGCCAUGGGACUGAAAAUCCAUCAUCAAAAGUCAGAAACUGACGGCAUCUAUGGGAGACCACCGGGCUCAGCGAGGAUCGCAGGAUUAUUGAUAAGUUUGGGACCCGAAACAGUCAGCGCAUUGUACAAUCUGAAAUCAAGGUUACCGAGUCAAUUCCUCUUGAACAUCUUCACGCGUAUGAGUGGCCAUCCCGAAGCGGUGUGGCGAUUUUAUAAGUGGCUGAGGAGCCAGGAUGCGCAUGUAUCCUCUAAAUACGUUUUUGCUGAAGUGCUGGACAUUCUCGGAAAGGCUGGUUACGUGGAGAUGCAGCUGGAGGCAUUUGCAGAUGCAGAGGCUGCAAAAGUAGCCAACGGAGUUAUGUACAACACUUUGAUCCAUAGUUAUUGUACGGCUAAACAGACCGAUGCCAGCUCUGUACUCGACAACAUGAAAGAACGUGGACAUCGUCCAAAUGUCUAUACUUACUCCAUGCUCAUUGACUUGUUGUCAAGAACUCGUAAUCACGCUCACGCUUUAAAGAUGUACAAGGAGAUGUUCAAAGCCAAUUCCAAACCUAAUGUGAAUACAUACACCACACUAAUUCACAGCUUGGCAAGAACAGGGAAAGUAAAUGCCGCAAAUACUAUGUUCAUGGGACUGCCUUCUCUUGGGAUUAAUCCCAGUGCAGUCACAUACACAAUAAUGAUUCAGGCCUUUCUGAGAGCGAAGGCUGCCGGAAGGGCCUUGGCAUUACAUGAAGCGAUGAGGUCGGAUGGAAUCGUUUAGUCAAAAGUCACUCGUCGAGUGUUGACUGGAAGGCUUCGGGCUCUAGACUUGCACGAUGACGCAGAGCUUCUUUUGCGUGACGAACCCUCUCCUCACGACGGACCAGUUAUGGGUGGCAAAUGUCACAGUUGUCCGGAGCCACAGCAGGAUCUUCAAAAAUUCCACUGCUAUCCUUAUCUCGAUGUUGAGGUUCCCACUCACUCUUUGCAGUAGGCUCGAUGCAGGAACAGUUGUAUAAGUGAACUCGACACCCAUGUAGCCCAUCACUGGACGAUGUUUACAUGUCCAGGAUAAUGAGCUUCAAGUUCUCGAAUGGGCUUAGUAGAUUUGAUUCUCAUUCUGCACGCAUUAGGGCCAAGACACCUUGUCUGUGGUUUAAAGGCAAUGGCUUCAGCAGUACCAGUGCGUUUGGGUGGCCAUCACGAAGAACCCUAGUGAAUCUUUCUUGCUCUCGACGGUUCUCAUCGGAUCACGAGAUGUAUGCUUGCGUAAUGAUGGGAAACGUGGUCACAUCAUCGGGUAGAAAUACUUACAGAUCGGGCGCUGCAGUGCAACUCCUGGCUGAAAAACGGAGCAGUACCCAGUUUGACAAGGAUUAUUCCGCGACUUGGUGUUGAAUCGAAGUUGCAGCAAGGACUCGUAGGAAUUGUGACGCGUAUGUGCCGCGACCGAUGUGAGUGACCGACAGUGACUUGUCCAGAAACUAUGUUAAAAUCCGAACUGUUCUCAAGAGUCGUUGACAAGGGUGGUGAAAACCAUUGUGCUUUGGACUGCAGAUGGAGUUUAUUUUAUUGUCCCACUGUGAUUGUCUGGCUCUAAACACCUCAUUGAAAGCGACUUUCCCUAGUCCAAGGGUAACUGUUUUGUGACACGCAUGGCAGAGGAUAAGCCUUGAGUACUGCAUCGAUACUUGUGGCACUUCCGAAGUUCAGCGGCGCUUGGCAAAACAGUUCUUUCGGCAUUUUUGUCCUGCCCCAUCAGGGUUACAGAGGACUUUUCCUCAUUGCAAUAACUAAUUGGAGGCACUGCACUGUGACCAGCAUCGCA